GCUCACACCUACGCACAGUAAUCAUGAAGGCUCUGGUUGUUUUGGCAGUGAUGGGCGUGUGCUCCGCCUCCACCUAUCAGGCCUACGACCAUGGCCACCACUACGGCGUCCCCGUCCAGCCCAGGUGGACAGGUCCUGUGGCUGCCACCGUCCCCGCCGGCGUCGACGGUAGAGUCAUCCCUGUCUCCGACACCUACGAAGUCGCCGCCGAUAAGAAUGCUUUCUUCAGGGCCUACCAGAACCAGCUGGAUACUAUUCGUUCCCGUCGUUAUGGUACCCCAGGCUACGCCUCCAUUUCUCCCGUCGCCUACGCCCCUGUUGUCAACACCUUCUCUCCCGUCGUCCCUUCCCGUUCUUAUGGAGUCUCUUCCGUUCCAGCCAUCCCCUCAUUCCCUGUCGUUCCCGCGACUACCUACAGUUCCAAUGUCGCCCCCCGGCCGGUCCAGGACACUCCCGAGGUGGCCGCCGCCAAAGCUCAGUUCUUCAGGACUUUCGAGAGGCAGGCAGCAGCGGCAGCCGCGGCGCCUGACGACUACACCCACUACUGAGCUGGACUGUCGAUUUCUACACCUGAACCAACAUAAUUGACCAUAGACACAUUAGCAACACCUGGCUGAUUGUAAAUAUAUGAUAACAAAAUGCAGAAUUGAAAAUGGACCAAAAUUCAAGUAGCCACCAAAAACUGUUGUGAACAUCCCCCCAAAAAAAAUAUUUUGUGUAUCGUUACAAUAAAGGACGACGGUAUAUUUUCAUAUUAGUG